AUGUAGACGAUGCAUGAAUCCUAUCAUUAUGAUUUGUUAACAAAAUACUCAGACUAUUUGAAUCCUGAAGUUGAGGUUGUAAAUAUUGAGCCUAUGAAUAAUUUCACCCAAGAAAAACCUAAACCUAAUUAUACAAUAACAGAAUUGAGCUAAUAUAUCAACACUGUUUAAUUUGAUAAGUCUUAUCAAACCACUUCGCAAUAUAACUUAAAAAAAUACCCUAUUACUAUUUUCCUAUGCAACAAAGAUGUUAUCAUAUUAGAAUACACCAAAAAUGCGAAAAAUUAAAUGGACAUCUAUUCUCAUCAUGAGUAUGAUUUAACAAAUACAAUAAAUGAUGUAAAAUCAUGUACAACUAUGUAUGGGCUGUUUGACGAUUUAAAAGUAAACAUUGAUUGUAUUGAUCAAUAAAAUACCUUUAUAAAUGUGAUUCUGGAAAUUAUUUUAAAUAGAAACAUGAAAAUUUAAGAUGUUUAAUUUACUCUAUAAUUUUAUAGUUUUGAAAAUUUGUUGGGUUCAAGCGAAUAGGUCACAGCAUACUGGAAUAACUGUAGGAAAAAGGAUAUAAAAUAUAUAGUGCAUUAUUCAUAAAUUAGUAGAAUCUUUUAUUGUUUAUAUGGUAAUUUGCUUCAACCAUAAGAUCAAAUAAUUUUAAUUGAAGAAAGCACAUAGUUAGUGGAUGAUAUCUAUAUAAUAAAUGUGUAUGUUCUUGACCAGCAUAAUUUUGUUAAGUGUAAUAGCGAAGAGAUUGUGAACUAUUUUUAUAUCAAGUAAUUGAUUGCUAAUUCCAUCACCAGAAUAACAGAAUAUACAGAAUAUGAAUAAUAAAAUAAAUGGGUCAUUAGUUUAUUAUUAGUUGACAGACAUGGAAUUUGUAAAUGUGGCAAUCUAAUGAAAAAUAAAAUUUAGUGUGACUUUCUGGAGCUGCAAGAAGGACUUUACACAAACCUAUACUCUUCAUCUUAUUUAGAGGAAAUCACCUACAUCUAUGUAGCCUCGGAAAUCUUACUCUAUAAGAUAAACUUCUAUUUCACUUUUCUCACAGAUCAAGAUAAAAUCGAAGGAUACUUUUACAUCAAAUAAGAUGGAUUUAAUUUAUAAAAGAUUCAUAUCUAUUAUGAUUAUCUAAUUGUUGUGAUGUCAAAAAAGACUAAUAUCACCAAUGAUAAUUAUUUACCUUAAAAGAUAUUGUUUUUCUAAAAGAAAUACACCAUAUAAUAAUACGUUCCAAAUUACAUCAUAGAUACUACUACUAAUUAUGGGAUAUUCAGGGUUAAUUUUGAUGAGUUUCCUGGUAGUUAUUAUUUGGAAUAUAAUUAUAAAAUGUAAAAUCUGAGUUUGCAUUAACUUUAAUGCAAACAUUUAAUUUUUACCUAUGAUUAACCAAUUGCUAAUAAGAAUUAUCUUAUGUUUUAGAUUACUUUGCAAAUUAUAAGUCUUAGUAUUACAGCACAGGAUGUGUUUAAUUUGGUGAUAUCUUAGUUUAAUGAUGAUUCAUUCUUUUUAAUAAAAGAAAAUGUCUAUGAUGAUUUGGUUUUUAAAUCUGAACAAUUCAAUUUCAAUUUGAAUACCAAUCUUCUUGGUCCUUUAUUAAAUUAUCAUGAAAUUGAAUGGGAAGAUAAUCCAGUAACAGCAUCAUCAGUCAUUGAAUAUAUAAGAGAGAUUAAGUUUAUGCAUUUUAAGUCUGAAUUUACCAAAAUAUUUUCAGGUUUAUUUGUUUAUAAUGAAAUAAAUGCUUACUUCUCACUUGUGGGAUUAAUAAAAGAUGAAUCUAAUGAAAUUGUCUUAGCGUAUUAAUAGUUUAAGUAUGAUAAAGUUAGAUUUGUUGAAGAAGGAAAAUUAAAAUAAAUAAAACUGGAGUAAUUUUCUUUCUAAAACAUUGAUUUUUUUAGUCUGAAUAUUUUAACUGUUAUAAUUGGCGAUUCUGCUUCAAAGAAAUAUGUUCUAUGCUAUAAUAACUAAUUUUCUUCUUGUUCCUAAUUGACUGGUGAUUUCUUAAAAGAGUAAGAUACCUAUGAUUAUAUUCAAUUAAAUGAAUUUAGGUGUAUAAAUGAUACUUUAUUUGCAAUACCUAAUAAUCGCAAGAAGAUUAUAUUGUUCAGUCUGACUUGUAAAAUCUUUAUUGUCUCACAAAUGGAAGUUUAAAAAAUGGGCCAAAUUGAUUCUGAAACAAUUCCAGAAUUGGAUGAAUUUGAAAUAUUAGAUACCCAAUUUGAAAUCAUUGAUAAUAAAUUAUCCUUCCUACUAUUAAGCGAUGGAAGCAUUAUGUAAAUUAUAACUUAUUACUCAAUAUCUGAUUAUAAAUUGAAUUACAAAGUAAUCAAUAAAAUUAAAGAACCAGAUUGUAUUCCAAUGAUGAAAAAUUCAUCCAAAAUCUUUUUUCAAUUCCAUCAAGAUAAAAGAGUUUUAGUCUAUAUUUGCAAUGAAAAUUCAGAAAACUAAAAAAUCUUUGAAUAUGAUCUAUAGAAUCCAUAUAAUCCAUUUUUAAUCAGAAGGUACUCCUUAUUCAACUAUUAAAUUAACAACUUAUUAAAACCUUUUAGCGAUUCUCAAGUUGUUUAUAUUCCAGUAGAGGCUAAAGGAUAUUUAGCCUAUUCGCCUUUUUUCCCAUCACCAAAUAUUUUACUUCAUGAUAUCCCUGUGUCAAAAGAUUUAAUCAGCGCGAUACCAGUUGUUGUUAAUAAUUUUGACACAAAUGAAUGGGACAUAUUUUCAAUGGCAUUCUUCUUUGAUAAAAACGGUGGUACCUUAUUUUAUUUGAAUUCUAAUCCUGUUUAUUAUAGCGUUUUGAAUAAUGACGAUACAGAAUCUAAAAAAAUGAUUAUGGUAUAUCAAUAAAAUUAAGAUUCUAUUAUCUUCAAAGAGUUCGAUAUCUUUUUCGAUUAUUCAGAGACUUAGAUAAUCUUUAAUCCAAAUAACAUAUAAUUAGUUGAAGCUUCAUAGGAUGUGAUCUUAGAUCUAAUUGACUCAUAAGUUCAAGGAGCUGUUGAAGAUUUUGAAAUCUAAAAUUUAUCGGAUGAGAAAAACAUUAUUAUAAAGAAGAAUGACAUAUUACAAUUGAAUUAAUAUUUGAGUGAUCAUUAUGAAACUUUAGAGUUUGGAAGAAUAUUCGAUAUUUUAGAUAUGAAUUAAACUGAGUAUAUGAGCAUCAUUAAUUCUACUGCUUAUGAAAAUAAUCUAAUAUUUACAGUAAGUCAAUAUUACUUCAUCAUAUAUGAAAAGCAACGAUAAACGACUAAACAUAUUAAUAGAAUAACAAUCCUAAAACAGGAAAGAUUAACAAACUUGAACUCGUAAUUAGAAAAUCUUAGGUAAUGUAGAUUAUCUAUUAAUGAUAUAAAUUAGGUUUUGUUAUAUUGUUACAAAUAUUAUUCUAGCAGUUUAUAAAACCAUUCUAAACUGGUCUAAUAUUUUUAAAUUAAUUUUUAAUAUGACUAUGCAAACUCAAAAAUCAGUUACAAGAUUAAGCCAUUAAAAAUAUCAUUAGGAAGUAGGUUGUAAAUUGAGGCUAUAAAUCCAAUUAAAUUUAAAGGGUAAAUAUUUUAAUUCAUAAAAUAUAACUAUGAAAAUUCAUAGGAUUAAUAUGAGUUGAUUUCUGGUAAAAUAGAAAAUGGUCAAUUCACAAGUAAGUAGAUUAUUUAAUCUUCUACUUUUGAUUAUAAUAUUUUAGGACAACUAUCAUUUGACACAAUCCUAUUAGAUGAAGAAAAUAUUUUAGUUUUAACUUUAGAUAUACAUGAACUUAGAGUCUUUUUUUUCACAUUCGAAAAUACAACAUCUGAAUUAUUUAAAACAAAAGAAGAAAAAUUCUCAUACUAAUAAUUGAAUCUAUACUUAUUUCAUUCUACAAGUCAAUAUCGUCUGGAGACUAUCCAUCUACUUAAUUGCUACAAUUAUACUUGUUUAGUGUUGUUAGGAACACCAGAUAAAUUUUUUGAAUUUCACUUAAUUCUGUCUGAAACAGAGACGGCAAAAAUAGUUAAAAAAUAUAUCUAUUUAAAUUAUUUUAGAUGCAUUCAUACAAAUAAGCAAAAGCCUUAAAUUUAAUUGAAUGGAAAAUUAUCAAUCAAUCAGUUAGUGGCCGCUUGUGUGAAAUAAGAUGUAGAAAAGAAUUUCUUUUUCGAGGACAAAUUUGAUUACAUAUAUGAUGAUCUCUAAGUAUUUGUUUAGAUAUUUCAUAAAAUUUAAGAUGCCAGUGAAUCUUCUCCUAUUAGAAUAUAUAGAUUCUUUUUCGAUAUUACUUUGAGAGAUAGAUUUCAUUUUUUAUUAUACAAACGUGAACCAGAUAAUAACAAACACAUACUAUUUGAGAAUGAUACUUAUUUUCUAAUAGACUAUUUAAAAUAAGAUUAGAUAUCAUUUUAGAUAAAAACAAAUUACACAAAAACAACAACUGUAACUGGUAAUUUAGUUCUAUCCAAUAUAUUCAAGAAAAAAACAGUCGAUAUUACAAUAACUUUUGAUUUCCCAAUAGAGAGACAUUACAUUUGGAUUUAUAUCACGACUGCUACAUUUUUAUUAAUAAUAAUGGUUGUUCUUGGAAUACUGUUAUGGUUGAAGAAAAGAAAGAGACAAAGAUGCAAAAAAAAAAAAAAUGAUUCAUUUUCUAAAAGUCUGAUUGGCUUAGAUGAUGUACUUAAAGAAGUAAUUUUAGGAGAAGGAAAAAGAGGAUCUUAAACGAAAUUGGAUGAUAGUUAUUCUAAUGGGAAUGAAAGUGAUUGA